UUUGCAAUCAACCAACAUAUGGAAGAAGAAGACUGUUGUGGACGUGGUUGGUUGGAAAUUUGACCGUGCGUCCUCUAGUCAAAAUUCUCCUCUCAACUCAUUGCCCUUCAAAACAAAUUUCAUCAUUUAUCGGUCGUCAUAGAUAGUAGCCAACCGUUAAAUAAUGGCUGGGACAAUUGCACGGAAAGCGAUAGACCACCUGAAGAGCAAAGAAUUCAGAGACUAUUUGAUGAGGUAUCAUUUCUGGGGUCCAAUAGCAAACUGGGGUCUCCCUAUAGCCGCCUUCAGCGACAUGAAAAAGAGCCCCGAGAUCAUCAGUGGCAGAAUGACCUUCGCUCUUUGUUGUUACUCGCUGCUCUUCAUGCGUUUUGCCUACAAGGUACAACCACGCAACUGGCUGCUAUUUGCUUGCCAUUUGACCAACGAGUCUGCACAGCUGAUUCAGGGUGGUCGCCUCAUCAAGUACAACUUGGAGAAGAAGACAAAUUAGUGGCAAAGUGAAGUGUUCCCUGUUCCACCACACUGAUGAAAGCAGCUACACAAAUGUGUGCGUUCCUCUAAUCACAGAUGCUGUUGCUGUGUUUCCAUCUCCUUUAACAAUGAUUGAUCAUCCACAUUAAGUUAUACUCACGUUUUACAAAAUAAAACGGAUUAUUCCCCCCAUGAAUAUGCAGCUUUGAUUUGUAUUUGCAUUUUUAACCACGAGUGAAUGUAUGCUCUGAUAAUUCACUUUGCGUUCUAGAGCUGAAGGUUCCAUUUUUUUUUUUUCCAUUUUUAAUAACAUUCCGUUGGAGGAUUGUUAGACAUAAUGUUUAUUGCUUUUUCACCAUCUUAUUGACAAUGUUACACUGAAAACUAAAGUCUGAACUUGGGUGACUUGUAUCUCUGUUCGACAGAGUGAACAAAAGCAAUAGACUGUUACUCAGGCAAUGAAAAUAAAAUAUAGAGUUGAAUGAAUAUCAAUAUUUCAGUCCCGUGUCUGUUUCUGCUGACAAAGCCUGUAAUGUGUGUUACUUUGUGUGUCAUUCUAAUUUAUUGUAUAACCAAAUCAAAAUGUCCCUUAUCUGAUUGUUUGGGUUUGUAAAAAAUAAAGUCUAAAGCCAACUUGAAAA